UUUUAUACCUUUCCCUUCAGUUCCCAGUCCCAUAUCAAUAACAAACCAACCAAACACGGCAUAAAACCAAAUGCAAACAACAAUGCAGACACAAAUGAUAACUCCGACGACCGGAGCACCGAAGAUCCGGCCGCGAUCUGGCCGGACGCCGCUUCAGCUCAAGAACUCUCCCGCCGAUCCCAUCCAGCCUUCCGCCAAGCCCAAGCCCAAGCCCGACCGGUCGUAUUUCGAGAUUUCAUUGAUCGACAAAGAGAACAAUCCAAUGGCCGCCGUCUUGAUUCCGGCAGCUGCGCCGCCGGAGACGUCUCUGGCAGAGGAGCUCAGCGCGGUCAAGAAGAAGUUAGAGAGGAUGAAAGCGGACAAGGACAGAACGGAGAAAAUACUGAACGAGAAACACGCGAUGCUGGACGUGAAGAUGAAGGAGAUGGAAGAGCGAGGGGAGAUUCAGAAGAACCUCGAAAUCGAGGUUGACCGGUUGUUCCGUUUGAAGGAACUCAAGAAUCGCUGCAUGAGAGUUUCUCCUAUGCGAACGCUCAGGGAGAAGGAACAAGGAAAGAUCGUGAACGAAGCGCCAUCGACAUCGGAGAAGGUUAAAACGGAGGAAACGGUGGCGUCGGAAUCGGAUUCGGAAUCGGAAUCUGUUGGCCGCGAAUGCCAAGUUCUGCAGAGUCCAGGUUCAGCUUGUUCACAAACUAAUACUACAACACACACAAAAUCAGAUAGUUGAGACAUUAUCUCUCAUGAAUUUUCCAUACAUAAUGGCUCGUUAUGUUUGUUUCAAAAAUCCGUGUUAUUUCACAUUGCAAUUUGUACUUUUCUGUUUAGAGAAAGAAAAUGGCUCAUAGUAUUAUAUUAUAUUGCUGAUAAA